AUGUCAGAUUUGAUCAAAGUCACACAGUGUGAUGUAGAAGAUGCUCAUGCAAAUUGCGAACAAGAAGCGAUAUAUAGAGAUCUGAUAUCCGAAGCUAGAUAUCAACGGGAUCCCGAGACUGGAAAGAUUCUUAGACCUUGGAGGUUUGAAGUUGUUCAGGGCUUCUUCAAGCAAUCAGAUGAAUCCACCGAUGAAUUGAGCUUUGACCUAGUGAAAGAGAACUUUGGGCUGGCUUUGAGCUCUUGGACUGCGCUCAAAAACAAACUCGAUGAAUUGAAUCUUAACAGAAACCCGCAUGAGUCAUACAAGCUUCUUAUAUGUGCCCGGCAUGGUCAGGGUUAUCACAACCAAGCAGUGUCGAUCUUUGGGAUUGAAGAGUGGAAUAAUCACUGGUCUCAUUGCACGGGGACCACUUUACCAGAUGGAAGAGAGAUUGUAUGGGGACCAGACCCAAUGUUAACACCCUUAGGUGAAAAACAGGCAGACGAAUUGAAUAGAGCAUGGAGAAGACAAAUUGAGGAAGGGGCACCAAUUCCAACCAGAUACUUUAGCUCUCCAUUUACCCGAUCUUGCAUGACACUGGUUCGCACUUGGAAAGGCAUUUCUCUCUGUGAAGAAAAUGAAGAUCAGGAUACACUUCUCUCUUCCAAAAGACAUUUGCCUAUCAUCACGGAAAAUCUGAGAGAAACCAUAGGCUCUCAUUUGUGUGAUAAGAGGUCUUCAAAAGAAAUCAUUGCUCAAAGAUUUUCUAGAUUUGGCUUCACUUUUGAAAGAGGAUUUGAGGAAGAAGACAUUUAUUAUAGAGACGACUGGAGAGAAUCUUUGAGCGAACAGAGCCUUCGAGCUGAUGCGUUUUUGCAAGAUGUAUUUGAAAAUUAUCCUGACGAUAUAUAUAUCAGUUCAACUUCACAUGCCGGGGAAAUUCGUGCUAUUAUCACAGCCCUGGGCCAUAGAAAGUUUGCAAUUCCCACAGCGGGUACUAUACCCAUAGUCAUCAAAGGAACUCGAAUCCAAAAAGAUUCGAUUGCUUGA